UGUGAAUUUCGCUUACCAGUUAAUAGUAUAAAUAAAUGUUUCAUUUUUCAGUGCUCCUUUGGAGUCUGCUAACGUGGCACCAGCUGGAAGCACAUCUAUGCUUCGCGCAGUGUACCAGCGAAACCUUUACAACUUGUUACGUCGGUAUCGCAAAUAUGACCUCGGAUGGAGAGUCUAGAUUAAGGGAGGCUUUUACGACGAGGAAGCAAGUGAGUGUGGAGAAGAUGAUCGUGCCUAACAGUGCUUCGGGACCUUUCUUGCAUAGAUUCAACAACUUACUAGGUUCGGUUGUGUAUCAUAACUAUCGGGAAGCCAUCUUCCAUUUACCGGGCGAUAGCACCAUAACCGAAAUCAUUGUUUGGCGUGCUCCAGUCAUGCGUGCGUUUGAUGCUGGAUCAAACGCACACCUAAAAGUCCUGACCAUUGAACACUGUUCUUUAGCUCAUAUACCGAAAACAUUAACCCAGUUGACCACACUGAAAAGUCUAUCCAUAAGAGGAUGCAAGUUAACAUCGUUUCAAUUGGAUAUGGUGUUAGCAAACCAGAUGCUGACAACCUUGAAUAUGUGCUGUAAUCAAAUACGCCAACUCGUACGCGAAUCUCCCCAGCGACAUUCCCUCAAAAUACUACCGAACCUGGAAUACUUCGUACUAAACAAAAACAAGCUGACACAGUUGGAUUUGAGCUAUUUCGAAUCAUAUCCAAAUCUUACAAACAUUGACAUUUCGUACAAUCAAAUCACAACAGUACUCACCUCGGCUCCUGUCCGUCUGUCUGUUGUGCAUCUGAAUUUAAUACGAAACCAGAUCACUACGUUCAACAUCACCGGCUGCAAUAUGCCAAACAUAACUUCACUGCUCCUCACUGGAAAUCCACUGACGGUUGUUCCUCCGGUCUUUGAAAACUAUCCAAAUAUGCACCUGACAAUGAGUUGGCAUCCGCUUAUAUGCGAAACAUUGCUACCCUUGAAAGUGGAGAUCCUAAGCUCAAAACUUAAGGUGCAGGCGGUCAGUUCUGCCCAAUGUACUUCCUUACAUUUUUUUCUAUCCUUGAAAAUAAUGCAGGAAUGUUGUGGCCAAUCUCUUUGAUG